AACCCUCUCUGUUCUCAGGCCAAAUUUUGCCAAAAUUGAAAAAGAGAAAAUUCUCCAUUUUAAAAAUAAGUUUUUCUGAUGCAUAAUUAUACACUGAAAUUUAAAAGAUUUGUGUUUACUUUUUUUCAGUGGAAAGUUAGAAAUUAUGUUGCAUUUUACUGAUGUUUGGCAUUACUUAGGAUUCUAAUUAUUCUGAUUAUAAAGUGUCUGAAGGUUUGAAGCAUCAUUCUGAGGAUAAUAAUGCAUCAAAUAAGAAUCCUAGCUACUUUUCAAGACUCUUGACUGGCAAUGUGAUUACUUCUAAAUGUUCCAGCAAUAUUAAAUCAAUUGCAGGAGGAGCAAAACAAAUUGGACACGAAGACAUUCAAAGUCAGUAUGGUAGAAUUACGGUAUUAUGAGAGAUACAUGUAGUAUAUUAUGCAUCUUAAAUGAGAGAGAAAUAACAAAUAUUAUUUUAAUAGCUUAUUAUCAAAAUAGCAGCACUGCUGAACUACCAUCAUCCAUCACUGAAACCAGCCAAGUACUUAUUUUGAAUACUCUUAGAAAAUAUAAUGGCCAAGAUAAUAUUCUUAUUCAAGGGAAAUGGUUGGAUGAAACGGAGUACCUUUUACAAAAUAAGGUUCUCACAAUUGGUGUGUUUGGACGUCACAAAGCUGGAAAGAGUACAUUAUUGAAUGCACUCCUUCAUCAUGAAGUUUUGUCAGUAGCUGAUACAAAUGAAACAGCAUUUAUUUUAAGAAUUCAUCAUAAGCCUAGCAAUCAUCAUAGAAGCAGUUGUUUUGAAGAUGCUGAACAAUUGUUAUCAAUAAAAAAAGAAAAAAUUAAAGGGCAACGAAGCGUUCGAAACACAAUUCACAAAAGGAACACUGAUGUCUGAUA